AUGGCAGAUAGAACUAAAAAAUACCCGGACAGUGGAGCAAAUCUUCUGUUUAGCGCCGCUCCGGAGUUUAACUUUAACCUGCCCUUCUUGCCGACGGGUCCAGCGCUGAUGACAGGAGAUGAUUCGGUCGGUGAAGAGGACAGUUUUGUAGGACAGACUUCGGAUAACGGUUCUGCCCCCUCAACAUUUAACUACUUCUCCAACCCAGUGUCCAGCGACCCCUUUGCUUCCAUCGGCCAGUCGCCAUGUCCUCCACAGACCCUCUCACAGCCCUACACCUCUGCCCCUGUGUCCAUGGGUCUUUCCUCUGCUCCAAGUGCUAUGACCAUGGCUCCCCCUUCUCUCCCCGCUGUCUCCCAAACGCUCCCACCCUCAGCUUUCACUGGUAAUAGUGCAUUUUUCCAGAGCCCGAUGGGACGGCACACUCCCCCUCCCAGCUCCAUGACUCCUCCUCCGCCUGUUCCUCCUCAAUCACAGCUUCAGAGUCACAAUCCAUAUCGGCACACAGCCUCCAGCAGCCGGGCCAGUCCGUACCUCGCGGCUCCGGAAGUCCAGCCCCCGUCACACUCGGCUCCACCGCAGCAGCAGAUCCAAUAUGCUUUCAGUCCUCCUCAGACAUUCACUCCUCCACCGCCAGCUCACAGUUUCCCCAGGCCUCCUCCCUCACAGAUGCCCCCGCCUCCCCCCUCGGUCUCUGGGGCAGUGGUCCCGGCUUCUCCCAUGAUGCCGUACAACUAUAACGUGUAUGAGACGGUUCAGCCGCACUGGUUUUUCUGUAAACAAGUGGAGUCCAAGAGCGUGUGGCUCCCAUUCAGCAUCAUCGACUCUCUGCAGCUCGAGGAAAUCUACAACUCAGUCCAACCAGAUCCUGAGAAUGUGAUCGUUCGCACUGACGGCGGCCGGUACGACGUGCAGCUGUACGACCGGCUGCGGAGCGCCGUGUUCUGGGAGGAGGAGCCGACAGAAGUGCGACGCUGCACAUGGUUUUACAAAGGAGACAACGACAGCCGCUUCAUCCCCUACUCAGAGGAGUUCAGCGACAAGCUCGAGGUGGAAUACAAGAGGGCUGUCUCCACAAACCAGUGGCACCGCAGACUGGAGUUUCCUUCUGGAGAAACCAUCGUUAUGCACAACCCGAAGGUCAUUGUGCAGUUCCAGCCCUCUUCGAUGCCCGAUGAAUGGGGAACGACACAGGACGGACAGACCCGACCACGUGUCGUCAAGAGAGGCAUCGACGACGACCACGACGAAGUCCCAGACGGUGAGCUUGCGACUGUGGACCAUCUGGUUUUCAUGGUUCACGGUAUCGGUCCUGUCUGUGACCUGAGGUUUCGGAGCAUGGUGGAGUGUGUGGACGACUUCCGCAGCGUGUCUCUCAAGCUGCUCCACACUCACUUCAAGAAGCAGGUGGACAAUCACAACAUCAGCCGCGUGGAGUUCCUGCCCGUCCAGUGGCACACGGCUCUACACGGGGACGCCACCGGGGUCGACAGGCAGAUAAAGAAGAUCACGUUGCCGAGCACUGGGCGCCUCCGUCAUUUCACAAACGAGACUUUGCUGGACGUGCUUUUCUACAACAGCCCGACGUACUGCCAGACCAUCAUGGACACGGUCGCCCUGGAGAUAAACCGCCUCUACGCCCUGUUCAUGGAGAGGAACCCCGACUACAGAGGAUCGGUGUCAGUGGCCGGACACAGUUUAGGGUCCCUGAUUCUCUUCGACCUUUUAUCAAACCAGAACCUCGGAUCAUCAACGCCGAUCAUUCCCACCGCAAAUGGGGUCGAGCCACAGGCUCAAGCCCCUGUAGCACAAACCCCUCCGCCUGUCACGCCCCCGACUGAAGAGGAGACCAAAGAGGAGCCCAAAGGGGAUGAGUUUGAGGAGCUGUCCGCGGUGCUGGAGCAUCUGGGACUGUCCGAUUACAGCAGCACUUUUGACCAGGAGAAAAUCGACCUGGAGUCUUUUUUUAUGUGCACAAUCGAUGACCUGAAAGAAAUGGGGAUUCCUCUAGGACCCAGGAAGAAGAUCGCAAAGUUUGUCAAAGAGAGAUUAAGCAAACAGGAGGAGCAGAAGGCAGCGGUGAAAGAGGUCCCUCCAGUGGCCGCUCCGCAAACUACAGCUUCUGUUUCUGAGCCUGAGAAAACUCUUCCUGUUGGAGUUUCAUCUGUUCACGUCAAUUACAACUACUUCAAAGUCGGCACGGGGCAGGUGUCGGUGGUCUAUCACACUCUGGACUUUGAGCCGGUCAGCUUCUUUGCGCUGGGGUCUCCCAUCGGGAUGUUCCUCACAGUGAGGGGUCUGGAGCACAUCGAGGAGACCUACCACCUGCCCACCUGCAGGGGCUUCUACAACAUCUACCACCCGUUGGACCCUGUGGCGUAUCGCAUUGAGCCCCUGAUCGUCCCGGACCUCGACCUGAAGCCAGUUUUAAUCCCACAUCAUAAAGGCAGAAAAAGGCUCCACCUCGAGCUGAAGGAGAGCCUGACGCGGAUGGGCUCGGACCUGAAGCAGGGUUUCAUCAGUUCUCUGAGGAGCGCUUGGCAAACGCUGAACGACUUUGCUCGAGCUCACACUUCGUCCGACCAGCUGCAGGCUCAGCUCGCCAUCGUGGCCAAUCAGAUCAAAGAGGAGGAGGAGAAGAGCGCGCAGCAAGGGUCUGCUUCAGUGGAUCAUACACAGGACAGGGACGAUAAGAGGGAGCUGGAGACCCCGGAGCCUCAGCGGGAGGAGGAGCCGCAGGUGAAGAUCGGGAUGUUGAACGCAGGAAACCGGAUCGACUACGUUCUUCAGGAGAAGCCCAUCGAGAGCUUUAACGAAUACCUGUUCGCUCUGCAAAGCCACCUCUGCUACUGGGAAUCUGAAGACACAGCUCUGCUCAUCCUCAAAGAGAUUUAUAAAACUAUGGGCAUCCAUCCAGAGCCUCUCCCGCAUUAA